AUGCACGCUCCUGUAGCAUCGCGGGCAAUUUGCGCCUCUUGCCGGCACGCUCUGCGGGCCAGCUUCUCGCCUUUGUCACCUCGGACACGCUCCUAUGCGACAGCAGCUGCGAAUCGCCAUGAUCGACCUUUGCGCAUGGCCGUUGUCGGCUCCGGCCCGGCCGGCUUUUACACCGCUUACCGCGUCAUGUCGAGAAUCCAAGGCGCCAAGGUAGACAUGUACGAGGCUCUGCCUGUCCCGUAUGGCCUGGUGAGAUUUGGCGUUGCUCCAGACCACCCAGAAGUCAAGAAUUGUCAGGAGAAAUUCGAAGAAGUCGCAACUUCGCCAGAUUUCACCUUUAUUGGCAAUGUCUCAGUUGGCCAUCCGAGCACCCACCAAGGGGGUGGAAGCAUCUCUCUGGCGUCAGUCCUGCGACAUUACGAUGCAGUAGUCUUUUCCUACGGUGCCUCUAAAGACAGGAAGCUUGGAGUCCCCGGCGAGUCGCUCAAGGGCGUGUACUCUGCUCGUGAGUUUGUGAGCUGGUACAACGGCCUGCCCGAGUGGGCAGGCCUGGCACCCGACCUCACCAGCGGCGACGAGGCUGUCAUCAUAGGGCAGGGCAAUGUUGCGCUCGACUGUGCCAGGAUGCUGCUUGAGGAUGUCGACAAGCUGAGAAAGACGGACAUUGCCGAUCACGCCAUUGAAACACUCUCCAAGAGUCGCAUAAAAAGGGUUCACGUUGUCGGACGUCGCGGGGCUUUACAGGCGGCAUUUACGAUCAAAGAGGCCCGAGAGCUCAUGAAGCUUCCUGAUGUGGGCUUCCACCCUGUUGAUCGGAGUCUCAUACCAGAGGAUCUCAAGACCCUGCCUAGAGCUCCAAGACGCUUGAUGGAGAUGUUAGUCAAGGGCUCGGCGGCUAAUGCAAAGGUGACUCCCAAGUCUUGGUCCUUGGACUUUUGCCUAAGUCCCCGGAGCUUUCUGGCCAGCGAUAGCGACGCAUCGAGAGUGGGAGCCACUGUAUUUGAGCGUACCUCGCUGUCAUCCACCUUUGAGCCGAACGCUCACGCGGCCGGGACAGGCCAGACGACGCAGCUACCUUCCUCGCUCGUAUUCCGAUCCAUCGGCUAUAGAUCCGAACCUCUGCAGGGAUUUUCAGAGCUUGACAUUCCUUUCGACGAGCGCAGAGGCGUCAUCGCCAACGAUGGGCUCGGUCGAGUCGUGAGGGAGACAAGAACAGUCGCAGCUACCAUGGAGCAAGCUCACUACCCGGGACUCUACUGCGCGGGAUGGGUUAAGCGCGGUCCGACUGGGGUCAUCGCCUCUACCAUGGAGGAUGCUUUUACCACCGGCGAUGUGAUAGCCAGCGACUGGGCCUCCGGGGCCGCGUUCCUUGAAAAAGAAUACUCCGGCCAGAAAUCGGGCUGGGAAGGGGUUCUGAGCGAAGGCGAUGCUGACGGUGCAAGGGUCGUCCAGUGGAAGGACUGGCAGCGCAUCGACCAAGCGGAAAGGAGCAGAGGUCAGGCCCAGGGUAAGGAGAGAGAGAAAUUCACCACAACCACGGAGAUGUUGGAUAUCUUGUCAUAG